AUGGACUUCAUGACGUGGGAGCUCACUAGAUCAAAAGCGCGACAUGAUUCAGCGCCAAGAGGAUCACGGGGCGCCCCGACAUUUAGCAGCGGUCGGCGCUCCGCUAUUGGGCUGGGCUCUUCUGGGAAUGAGGAGGAGGUUCCAAAUGUAGGACUCCCUGGUGUAUUUUAUAGUGCAUCAGAUAAGGCGAUGGUGGUUACACAGCUCUUCGAAUCGUGUGCCAGGCCGAAGAAACCGCCAUCAACGGUCUUACCACGUGUUCUCCGCGACGAAGACCCGUGUCUAGUCAGCGCCGUCACGGAGUCGAUCCUGCCCCUCUUGCCCGACAGAACACCUGUGUCCUCGGGGUCGUCGACGCCACUGGGGGUCAGGCAGCAAGGGCCUCAGCAGGUGCUGGAGAUGGUGAACUUACGAGAUGGAGACCGAACCAUUUCUCUCCCUUCCCUCAACGUUGAACACAACUACAACCAGAUCCUCUCUGAACUCGUCCUGAAACUGUAGCCCUCAGCCCAGAGAAUCAAAAGGUCAAAAGGUCAAAGGUCAAUAAGGUGGUCAAUCCCUUGCCCUCUUGACUCUCAGUGGCAUCAGGUGCUGGGUAGUAAUAUGUUCUCAUUUUUUCUCUUAUUCUUAUUGAAUUUUGAAACAAUGGAAUUAUGUGGGAAUGACAAGCCUUUGUCAUCAAUCCUCAAAAUUUCAAUGCUCAGUUUAUAAAAUAAUCUCUGAACAUAUUACACCUCAGGCUACACAGCCCCCGAACGAUGAAGGGAAAAGGAAAAAAAACAGUAUCUGUAAAAAAUAAUAUAGAUCUUAUAUCUACCAAAGAUUAUAUUUGUCUGAUUUAGGUCACAAUUUCUCUUACAGAGUUUGAUCUCAAAGACCUUGCAUGUUGAUCUCUUACUUGUUACAUGCAGUCUUUCCCAGACAUGUUUCUAUGGUUCUCUAAUUCUCCAGACAAGCAUCUCUCAGCGAGUUUCCAACGUCAGAGAUGGACUGUAUGAAUGGCUACUUGUGUCUAUGGUAUGUAAGUGACUGUGAGUUACUGUUGAGAGAUACUUGUUAUGGCAAAGGGACAGAGGCAAGUUGCCCAAGAUCCUGAGAACUAUUCUACUUUGACUGUGUACUGAAUUACAAAGACUUUCUCAAUACACACUCAACUUUGGGCUCUUGUAACAACACAAAGGAAGUGUGUGCCAUAUUUUUGUAAAAAAAUAAAACAGGAUUAGAUUGAUUUUGUAUUUGCCUUUAUGAAAUGAAUAAAUUGUUCUCAAGAAGGGAAUAAAGGCAUGUGAUUGGACUGCGUUCCCUUGUGUAGAUCAAAUGACUUUUGAGUAUUGUUUGAUCUAUAAACCAGAAGGGGUUUAGACACAGAGGGACCCAGAAUGAAGAGUUCCUAGUUAAUUACUAAUAGCUUGUUUUUUCAGAGCUUUAAUUUACAUGUAGAACUUGAUAAAGGGAGAAAAUAUCAAGAUUAAAAACAAGUUGUAAUGGUAAAUGAGAAAUAUGCAAUAAGUGAGCAAUAUAUUACACUCAUUUUGUUGUGUUAUUACAAUGCAACAAGGAAUUUGUAUGUCUGUAGAUAGCAUACGUCCUAGUUAGCAAUCUGAACAUCAAACUAUAUAUUCAAAAUGAAACCUCUUGUUUUUACUGUUAGCUGUUUUAAAAAUGCGUUUGUUUUUACUUUAAAAGUGAAAAGAACGAUUUGUAGAUAUCUGGUAUUUUCUCCUGUCUAUGUGCAAUAACAAGUGACAUCACAAUAAACUAACAGUGCCAGAAGCAAUGCUUAUUGAGCUCAAUGUGUCUUGCUCUAUGUAUUAUGAGACUCACUGAUCAAAUAGGAGAUAAAAUAG